GUAAAUGUAGAAAGUUUUUUUGUUAAGUUUCUCAUCAAACACUAGUAUAACUGUUAAACAUGAGAUCCAUAUAUGCUCUGGAGCCUUUGAACAAAGGUGUAGAAGAAUGUCUGUGCUGUGUGGUCCCACCUGUAAGUCCUGUGAGCCGGAACUUCUUUGCUGGCAAACAACAAUGCAUCCAUACUCUUUCAAAGGAAUAUGCUACUGCUGUUGAAAGCACUUGAGGGGGGGAAAGAUAUGAAGAUUGGCAAAGGACCAGUGUGUGAGCUGAAGUCAAUGAGAAACUGUGCAACCCUUUGUGUGUUGUUGGCAGUGGCGCUUCUUUUGUAUCAUGACCCAUUUCUACUACUCUGGUGGCCUCAGAAACCUACUGAGAAAACUAAGACUGGUGUUUUACCUCUGAACAUGGCAACAGAUUCCAUUGAUGACAUGUAUGAUGGUUGCCGGUCUGAAACAGCCUCUGUGAUCGACUUGUUUGGCGUGUAUGAGUGGAACUUUAACAGAAACUUCAGUUUGGCCUGGGCUUUAACUGAAGGUGGUGCAAAGAAACCUGUGCACAAACACCUGAAAGAAGAGCAUGCUAUAGUUAUGUACAUGUACUCAAAGAUGAAACACAUCCAACAAGAUUUCGACCAAGCAGUGAAAACAGGGAAACACAAGUACAACACAUACGGAUUUAAGUUCCACUAUUUCUACUUCUACCUGACUGAUGCCAUUCAAGUUCUGCGUCACAAUCAGACAUCAUGCAGAAUCACCUAUCACAGGACACGGAAACAGUUUGACCACAAUGUCAUCAACACAAACAUGCGUUUUGGUGCUUUCACCUGGGUAGCUUCAAGCAAGAAGUCAUUUGAUUUGAAUGGUAAUGUGUCUUGUUUUGAGAUCAACUCAUGCUUUGGUGCUGAUAUAACACAUUACUCUGCCACAAACCAAAUGGGACAGGUGCUUAUUCCUCCCUAUGAGGUCUUCAAAAUCACUCAUGUCCUCACAAAUGACCCAUGGUGCAGUGUGGUCUACAAGCUACAGAGCACCAAAAUACCAAGGAGAGAUUUAAAUUGUAAAUUGAAUCAAAGGCAAAUGAAAACCUAUUUUGAAGUCGUUUUAACACACUGUCCCACAAGCAGUGUAGGGAUGAUGUUAACAUGCAUAAUGCUGUUGAUUUUAAUUUCUUCAAUCCUUGUUAAAUGCGGGGAGAAGCGUUUUGUGGCUGCAGUGCUGGGUGCUCUGCUGGUGCUGAUGAUUAUUCUGGUGAUGUGAGGUAGUCACUGAGGGGUGAUGUUGUGUUAAUGAAAACUUUUGUCAUUGAGAUAAUUCAUAUGUCAUGCUUUUUAAAAAUAUGAGGAAAUAAAAAAGGUUUUGUUAGCUUAGUUUUCAGAGGCCAUAAUGCGCACAAUCAAUGCCAAACAACUCACACAUUCUUAUCCUGUUGAUAAUUGACAUACAUAUGAGACAAUUUGCC